AUGUCUACUAUGCUGAUGCAUUCUGCUGCUAGCAGCCCUCGCGCCUCCGACUCGUCCGACCACUCGAUCUACCUCUUGUGCUCCCUCCCAGGCAGCACACCUCGCGCAUCUCAACCAACACCUCAACGUCUCAUCCACGUCGCCGCCUCCCUCUCCAUCCACCUCUCCAACGCAGACCUCCCCCACGCAUUCCUCGGCCGCUUUUCCCUCUUUUUACGCGGGGCGAACGUGAAUCCGAGGUGGGUCGAUGCCGAUGUCGUCAAGCCUAUUAUUGGCGGUACACAACGAAUCAAAGAUUGUUUGGCGUUGCACCCGGAUUUGAAGGUGCACAGUGAGGUCGUCGAGGAGGGUGUCGAUCGUUUGUUGGUCUCGCACAAGUGCGGCAUCUACGUCCGUCUCUCGGUCGGUUCUAUUCAAUCGAUCAAGAAAAAGACAAAUCUCAUUUCGGCACACCCAAACCCAAACCUCCCCGCCGUAUUCUUGCCAUGCCUCACCCCCGCCCGUCAAUUCCUCGAAACUGUCAUCAUCGCAUCCUCUGAAGACCCCAAAUCAGAAGAUCUACAAGACUUGAUUUGGAUGAAGGAUAAUUUGAGGAUGGAUAUCAUGUCCGACCCUACCACCCUCAAAAAGACGUGGGAGGAGGGACGCGUCGGCAAGUUGAUCGAUACGUGGCCCGUUUUGAAAGAGGUGUUUGUCGAUUUGGGGCUGGUGAUUGUUAACGAGGAUUUCUCGUUGAG